UACAGAAAUUGUCGGCUUUUCGAUGGAGAACUGCUUUGUGCUGUCAACAAUUUUCUAACAUUUUGAGUGAUAUUUUUCUUAAAAAGCCUUCACAAACUUCUCCAUAUCUGCUUGUAGUAGAGAAGAUAUACUGGUAAAGUUUAAUUUAUAGUAUAGAAACGGUGAAAAUGCCGUCAGCGGCUAAUGUCAAAAUUGACAAGCAAAUUAACUCGGAAAAUACUUUGUCUGAUACUUCGAACAAUUUAACUCCUCUUAGACAAGCAAUUACUAUUAUAGAACAUAAAAUUAGGAAUUUGGAAAAACGAAAGUCAAAACUAGAAUCAUAUAAGGAAUUACAAAACGCCGGUAAAGAACUGAAUGCUGAUCAAAAGACUGCUGUUGCUAAAUUUAAUGAAGUUAUAAGCACCUUAGAUUUUGCCAGAGAUUUAUGUAAACAGUUCCUAGGCAUUGCCUCGGCCACAGAAAAAGAGGCUAAGAAAUUAGCAAAAAAAGAGGCCACAGCAAAAUAUCAGGCUGAACUCGCCAGGUUGCGUGAAAUUCUUUUGGUUCAGGAUGCUUUGAAUCAAAUGGGCAACGAAAAUGUUCGAGAGGACUUUUUACAUGGACGAAAUGGAGCUGCUCAACUUUCCGAAUCUGAUCUCAAAUUGUUGGAUGACCUUUACCCUGCUGUGACCCCAAAACACGAAGCUGGUAAUCCGACAGCAUUUACAAACGAAGUGCAGGCUGCUGCGGAGCAUCUGCUGUCUACCGUGGAUGGAAAACCGAAGGAUGUUUUUGGUGGCAGUUACAGUCAAAUUAAGGAGAUUCUAGGAAAAAUUCAUGAAAGUGGUUAUUUUGAUCAAGCUCAGGUUUUUGAAAAUUACAUUGAGGGUGAGAUCCUGGUAGAGACUGAGGUUGUACCAGUAGACGCGGCAAUUAGCCAUGAACUCCCUCCACCACAGGAUCCGCAACCUCCUCAUACUAUUCCCAUCAUCGAAAGCCUUACAAUAGAACCUCGACCUCCUGCCGUCCACCCCCAACAGCCCCCUAUAGAUCCGCAACCACCAAUUGAGCCAACCCUUCCUCCCGAACAGAUCUACUACCCUCAAGUACCUCCUCCACCGCAACCUCAGGCUUUGCCACAACCACAGCCCCAACCUCAACCCCCCAGACCCAUCACUGAAAUGCUCGGUACCGGAAGCUUCUUCUUCUUGCAGGAAUCUGAAAUAGAUCCACCUCCAGAGCAAAUUCCAAGUCAAACCUUCACAAACCAAAACUAUAGCACUCACCUGGGACAGCCCGUACCAUUACCGACCCAUUUUGCACCGAUGCCCAAUAAUUUACCCCCUACUAACCAUCAGGUACCGCCACCCAUAGGUAACAACGGAAUUGAUGAGAAGCUUGUACAGCCCGACGAGCAGAACCCUCUGAAAGAUGUGUCUCCAUCUGUAAACCGAGGACCCCCUAGGCCUGUGAAUAAUCAGUCCUAUUACCAAAACAAUAAUGGUUAUAAUAAUCGACCAAGGCAUCAAAACCAAACCAGAAACAAUGGCCCAAGGCCUGCCAAUAAUAGACAUAACUAGUACAUUCGACGACAUGCCUUAACGCCUGAUAUUAUGUUCUCAUUCUGUAUUGGUUGAUUUCUACUUAUUUAACUCUUAAGUCAAAUCGAUUGGCUCGGAAGUGAGCUUCAUCAGUU